CCGCAGUGCGCGCUGUCGUGCAUCGAGGACGCGCGCACCCAGUCGACCGACUGCUCCUACGGCGACCUCAACUGCCUCUGCACGGGCGAGAACGGCGCCGACGUGGCCCUCGGCAGCACGCCGUGCAUGUUCAGCGCCUGCGGCCGCAUCGCCGCGUUGAGUGCGCCGUUCCCU